GGCGAUCGCAUUCGGAAGGAAUGUCGUGUGCUGUGAUUGUUAUCUUGUCCAAGGAUCUUCUGCACGGUGACGAGGAAAAAUCCGUGAACGAAUGAGAAGAAUUCGUGGAAGGAAAGUUCGACGAUGAGGGUUUGAGUCGAGGAAAGUGCUUCCAAGAGUGCCUGGAUCCUGGUUCGCGCUUUUCGUCGACGAGGGACAGAAGACGACGGGUGUUGUAAAAAGGAAACGAAGAGCGGGGCAAGUGUGUCGUUGACACGAGUUGACGCGACGCGACGUGACGUGACGUGACGUGACGUGACGUCGGAGCGUCGAGAUGCUUCGAGAUGAGAUGGCCACCCCCCUUGGAUCCCUCGCGUCGCUGCUCACGCUUGUACUUUAUGCUUGUAGCACCUGCCAUGCCAGGAUAACUAAUCAAGAAAUCGUGACAAUGACAGAUGCGGAAGCAGUGGCAGGCGGAAUUGCUCAGCUACCAUGCGACGUGAAACCGCCACUCUCGGGGGACAAGCUGCACCUAGUUAUUUGGUAUAAGGAGGAGGCAGAUGCACCGAUAUACAGCUUCGACACGAGAGGGAGGGACAGUCCGGAUCAAGGGAAUCACUGGCAAGAUCACAGCCUAGAAGGACGCGCGUUCUUUAAGCACUCCGAAACUCCAGCGAAACUCACUCUAGAAAAGGUCCGAGAGAGCGACGCAGCUGUUUACAGAUGCAGAGUCGACUUCAAGCAGUCGCCAACGCGCAACAGCAAAGUCAAUCUAACGGUCAUCAUACCGCCGGAGCAGCUUAGCAUAUUGGACGAAGACGGAAGAUCUCAUAUUCCCCAUUACAUCCUUGGUCCGUACAGCGAAGGAGCAUCUCUCAAUAUCACGUGUGUCGCUGCCGGUGGGCGACCGCAACCACGAGUGACAUGGUGGCAGGGGACUUCUCUACUGGACAACAGUUACGAGACCGUGGAUGCUAAAAGGGUCCGGAACGUGCUGCAAUUGGAAAAGUUAGGCCGCGAACAUUUGCGUGCGUUUCUGACCUGCCAAGCCACAAACAACAACAUGGUGACACCGAUAUCAAGUUCGGUGUCACUCGACAUGAAUUUAAAACCGCUGUGGGUCCGGAUUCAAGGAGAGAGCCGUCCACUUAGCGCCGGCAAGACCUACGAGAUAGGUUGCGAGGUUGUCGGAGCCAGACCAAGCCCGACGAUCACAUGGUCCAAAGGAAACAUGAUAUUGCGAAAUGCACGGGAGACGACGAGUCCCGACGGCAACGUUACAACCAGCAUCCUCACAUUCGUACCGGGUAUCGAAGACGCCGGAAAGAUCCUCUACUGUCGCGGCGGCGUGCCAGAUAUUCCGAAUUCGGAGUUAGAGGAUGGAUGGAAGCUCAAUAUAUUCCACGAGCCUGUGGUUACCCUCGAGCUUGGCAGCAAUUUGAAUUCGAGCGCUAUUCGGGAGGGUAUCGACGUUUACUUCGAGUGCAACAUCAAGUCCAAUCCCUGGGUUUACAAGGUUUCCUGGCGCCAUAACGGCAAUCCGCUAUAUCACAACAGAGCAACUGGAACGAUAAUAAGUAAUCAGAGCCUGGUGCUGCAAAGUGUCACUCGCAGUAGAGCUGGGAUUUACACGUGCAUCGGCAAUAAUCAAGAGGGCGAUGGCGAGAGCAAUCCACUGAACUUGGACAUAAAGUUCGUGCCGGUAUGCCAGCACGGUCAGACGAAGGUAUUCGGCGUGGCGCGACAGGAGACCGCGAGGAUCCCCUGUGAGCUGGAGGCGAACCCGCCGGAAGUAUCGUUCACCUGGAAAUUCAAUAAUACAAUGGAGGCGGUGGACAUACCUCAGGCACACGUCACGAGCGACCGUACACGCUCGACAGCCUCCUACACACCAAUGACCGAGCUGGACUAUGGCACUCUCCUUUGCUGGGGUAGCAAUGACCAGGGUACUCAGCUCGAGCCGUGCGUCUACCAUAUCGUGCCAGCUGGCCGCCCGGACACACCGCACAACUGCUCCUUGUUAAAUCAAACCACCGACUCGAUCUACGUGGAAUGUAUAGAAGGCUUUGACGGCGGCCUGCCGCAAAAGUUUACCAUGCAGGUGGACCGUGAAACCGGGUCCGGCAAGAGCGGCGGCCCUACGACUGUCUUCAACCAGACGAGCAAGGUGCCCGUCUUCUCCGUCAGCAAUCUGGAUCCCGGCAGCAACUACGAGGUUUCCAUUUACUCCACUAACGCCAAAGGUCGCAGCGAGACCGUGCAUUUUCGCGCCACCACCCUGAAUCUCCCUGAGAGGCGAACAGCAGGUGAGAGGCUGGCGCAACCACCCUCGCCGGAGAAUUGCACGAUCCGAGAGGAGAGCCAGACAACCGUACGGGUUAGCUGCGCCGAGAGCGAGCUCGACUUCGACACGAACACGGCCAUCUACGUACUACAGGUCUUCGACGCCGAUACCAGGAGACUGCUGGCGUCCGCAACGAGUCUGACGCCGAGCAUGCUCGAGGUGACGGAUCUGCCGGUCGACAGAAGCCAAUCCGGUCUCAUGCUGUCCCUUAGGAUCAUGACGGAGCAGGCCAUGAGCGACGCCACGGUCCUCUUCAGUACGCACUUUGUUCAAGAGGGUAAUACCAAUAAGGAGCACCACCGUUACCCAGCCCUCACGCCAGUUAUGCUGUCGCUGUCGGGUCCACUAUUGGGUGCCGUGGUGGGAGCCACAGCGGGAUUGCUUCUGGUAAUCUUCGUGAUCGUGCUGGCUGUCAAGCUUCGGUAUCGACCUCGAUCUCAGGAGGACUCUCAUGACGACGGCGGCAUGGCGAACCUGGCGGCAUCGGGAACCGGCGCCUCGUCUCCACUUGACAAAUCGUCGACCUUGCCCCUCAGUACCGAUAGCAUCGAGAGCUUCGAGAAGAAUCCCGAUAUAAUACCACAUGCAAACGAGAAUUCAUAUGCGGAAUUAUGCAAAAGUACAUCACCGCGAUAUGUACUGCAACAACAACGCCCGGAAGUGAAUACCUUCGCAGCAACAAACAACCAGGGAUCCGAGUUAACAUACGUUGAAUUAGCACUAAGGGGAAACCGACGAAUACCUCCGAAUUGCUACCAGCCCGUGCAAAUCUCCAACAUCCAACGGCCCCAGAUGCUGCCUAUGUCGACUUUGACGCGCAGACAACCGAUCCAGGAGCCGACAAUUUACGCGCAAGUCGCCAGUCAUUCUAAACCGAUUUACGUGCCACCGCCACAUCCGUACAUGAAUCGUUCCAGCGACGAAACUACGGCGGAGACACCACUGAUCGGACACGACAAUAAGAUCACUACGAUCAGCCACUCGAGCAGCUCAAUUUGGCGCACCGAUACGCCGCCUUCCUCGAAUGCGCCAACGACAUGAUUUCAACAAGCUGCAUCGUAAUUCACGAUUCCAUUUCGCACCUAAACGUCUCUUAAUGUUCUCCCUUCCCUCUUGGAAAGAAAAAGAAAAUAAAAGUACACAUCGAUCCAUGUACGUUAAGUGAGAAGUUUUUCGAAGAAGGCGCCGCAGCCUUCACUAGUAGAGAUUGUUAGACCUUUACUACGAGUGUUAUAAAUAGAGGAUUCGUUCGACGAUGAAAGUAAUUAAUAAAAUCGCGCGGAGUAUAUAUAUAUAUUAUAUAUAUACACACAUAUAGAUUAUGCGCUUUACCGAAUGAUUUGUGAUAGUGGUUGGUUGGAGCCGGAGAAAGAAUUGAACUGUUUUUCAGCCGUCCGUAAAAUUUGAGGCAGGGCGAACGCACUAUUUUGAUCUCGCAGCAGAGACGUUCACUGUUCUAUCGACCGAUUAAGAAUUCGUUGUACGAUGAAUGUUAUCGAAGAAUUGGCAAUAAUUAUGUGUAAAAAA